UGUCAUUGUCAUAUAUCUAUGUCGAAAUUGCUGUGCUUGUGUCUUAUUAAUUUUUUAUCAUAUUAUAUUGAAAUUACUUAAUAGUGUUUUCUUUUAUUUUUCCUUCUUAAAAGAAUUCUUUUAUCGUUCAAUAUUAGUAAAUCAAUAACCAAGUACAUAUUUAAUCCUCCACCAUGAGUAUGAGACCCGAUGAUCACCGCAGAAAGUGGGAUAAAGAUGAAUUCGAGAAAAUUGCUGCUGAAAGAUUGCAAGCAGAAUUAGAAGAAGAAGAACGAUCUAAAAAGAAAGCCCCACCUGUUAAACGAGAACUCCUUAAACAACGAGACUAUAAGGUAGACCUAGACUCGAAGUUGGGAAAGAGUGUUGUCAUAAAUAAAAACACACCAACAUCUCAAUCAGGGGGCUACUACUGCAAUGUGUGUGACUGUGUGGUUAAGGAUUCUAUUAACUUCUUGGAUCAUAUCAAUGGCAAAAAACAUCAAAGGAAUCUUGGCAUGUCUAUGAAAAUUGAGAGAAGUAGCUUAGAUCAAGUAAAGGCUCGUUUUGCACUAAAUAAACGAAAAUUGGAGGAAAAGAAACAUGAAUAUGAGUUGGAUACCCGGCUUAGAGAGGCAGCGGAAGAGGAGUCGAGGCUGAAAGAACUGCGCCGUGAGAGACGCCGUGACAAGAAACGCAAACUUCAAGACAAUGAUGAAACUGAUGACUCACCUGCACAAUCAGAGCUCGCUCAAAUAAUGGGGUUCUCUGGUUUUGGGGGGUCAAAGAAAUAAUUUGUUAUUACACUUAAGACUAUAUAAUUAUAAUUAACUCUAAUUUUUGUA